AUCACACUCAAUAUUCACAACUAGAAGGAAAAGCAAGACUCUCCUGACUCUCUGGACUUCAAGGAUAUCAUUAUGUUGUAUUGGAUGAUUUUAAACUAGACAAGACUUCUUUCUAAAACACUUCGAGAAAGUGAGCUUGCCUGAGGGGAGAGGAACACAAGAGAGGAGAGACAAUUGAACAUCACCAUUGGCCGAGACCUGAAAACAUGGUGCUGGAAGAACAGAGGAUUAGAACUUAAUUGUAAAAGGGAAGGGAACUCUUGACAGGCAAUUUGCUUCAUUUUCACAUUCAUCAUGGCACAAAUCCUCUGGCUGGCUGGUUGAUGGGACUGUCCAACCAACACUUCUGCCUAGGUUCAGUGCAGAUCCCUUCUGCUUACACAUCGAAAGACCUGGGAACAGGUGGGAACUGGAUGGUGCCAAAUACAGGAAUGGAAAGAGAAAUGGACUCUGACGGGUUAAGAUGGAAGUAACUUGACAGCAACAAGCUCAGCAGUUGUCUCCAGUAAGGACAGGUUGAGACGGGAAUCUCAAGCUUCUCUGGAAGAGCAGUAUGCAGGAAGCUGGUUUUCAGGCCACAAAUGCUUUCACAGAGUGCAAAUUCACCUGCGCCAGUGGUAAAUGCUUGUAUCUUGGUUCACUGAUUUGUAACCAACAGAAUGACUGUGGGGAUAACAGUGAUGAAGAGAACUGCCUGCUUGUAACAGAGCAUCCACCUCCAGGCAUCUUUAGCUCUGAACUGGAGUUUGUUCAAAUCAUCAUUAUAAUCGUGGUUAUAACUGUUAUGGUGGUAGUGAUCAUCUGCCUGUUGAACCAUUACAAACUCUCGACACGCUCCUUCAUCAACCGGCAGAGCCAAAGCAGGAGGCAGGAGGAAACUCUGCAGACGGAGGGGUGCUUGUGGCCUUCAGAAAGUUCGGUUUCACGCCAGGGUGCUUCAGAGAUCAUGUACGCCCCGAGGUCCAGGGACAGGUUCACCACCCCGUCCUUCAUGCAGCGGGACCGUUUCAGCCGCUUCCAGCCCACGUACCCGUACAUGCAGCACGAGAUCGACCUCCCUCCCACCAUCUCGCUGUCGGACGGCGAGGAGCCGCCGCCCUACCAGGGCCCGUGCACGCUGCAGCUCCGGGACCCCGAGCAGCAGAUGGAGCUCAACCGGGAAUCCGUCAGGGCGCCGCCCAACCGAACCAUUUUUGAUAGCGACUUGAUAGACGUCUCCAUGUACAAUGGGGGUCCCUGCCCACCCAGCAGCAAUUCGGGCAUAAGUGCAACCAACUAUAGCAGUAAUGGAAGGAUGGAAGGACCACCCCCGACGUACAGCGAGGUCAUGGGGCAUUAUCCGGGCUCCUCUUUUUUCCAUCACCAGCACAGCAACAUGCCUCCUUCUUCGCAGAGGGGGAGCAGACUUCAGUUUCAGCAGAACAAUUCAGAGAGCACAAUAGUCCCCAGCAAAGGCCAGGAGCGGAAAGCAGGAAACCUGGUCUAGGUUACCCCAGGAGCGUUGGGACUGAAGACAGGAGAUGCCAGCAGGGCGUGGAGGAAGAGCCCGUGCUCCGGUGCACAGUGUUGUUACGUUUCACGUGGUACAACUGAGUAAAACCAAACGUGCAAACCCGUUCCUUGUUUCUGAUUCCUUUCAGGGGAAUUGCAUGCAAAGCAGAUUGAAAGAAAUACAAACUUCCAGUCAGUUUGUCUAUGAGCAGUGUUUUAGGGGAGAGGGGGUGGGAUAUAUUAUUUUUUUUUAAUAAACUAUUUCAAUUAUUUAAUUCUAAAAGUUAACUUAGCACAGAAAUGAGGCUUGUACAGCCUGUUUUAUACUCACUGAAUGGCAGAAGGAAGAAGGUGGUUUUGCUAGAUAAAUGGGGGAAGAAUUGGCCAGUUUGCUUUUUUUUUUCUCCCAGUGUGUGAAUUUUUUUAAAUAUGAAACAAAAUUCCUGUUCUGUGUGCCAAGGUAUAAAGUUGAGAACUUAGAUGAAUGCAAGGAAUUAAUUUGUGUUGUGAUAAAUGUGUUUUAAAAAGUUGCACUAUCUUACUGUUUUAAAAAAAAUAUAUAUGAGGGAACUGUUUUAUGUGAAGUUCUUCUAUAUGUUGUUGUUUCACCUGUGGAAUAAUGAUAGACCCCUAGAAGUAAUCUGGAGGAGUUUGCCCCCUCCCCCUGGGUUUGCUAGAAGGUGGGGACAGGACUUAGCCUAACAUCUCUUGAAUUUUACAAUUCAAAAAAAUACAGGGACACUUGUCUUUGCAAUAAUUUGCAUUCAAAUAACAGUGUAUCAAUGAAGUGUUGGAGACUUUUGGAUGGAAGAAGGCAAAUAUGAAAUCCCAGCAUUUUCCAUCACUUUAAGGUUUAGCUAUUGUGCGGUGUAGAUGAUUUCUUUCGUAAAUGGCAAAGAUAAAAUUCCCAGAUGAGUUGAUUUGUAUUGAUUCUAAGUGCUGCCAUUCUUUUCCUUUUCAUAAUGCAGUAUCACCAGUACUUACCAUUCUAGAGAUUUUUGUCCUCACUGUAGCCUGAAAUGUAUUUAGUCACAUAUCAUGACGUUAUGCAAUAAAUUGUUUGAAAGCGCAGGGUGGGAUUUGUUUCCCCCUGCAGUGCUGUUCAAGUUCGUGAGACUGUUGUGGUUUUCGCUCUCCAUUUCAUCCUUUCAGAUGCUGAGGUUCAGUCCUGGAGGCCAUCCUGUUCAGUGAAGGGGGCCCUUGUGGCCAAGCCCCCGUGGUGUUUCUGCAGCAGUACCGAGAGUGCUGGUGGCAGUGGUGCCGGCUCCUGCCAUGUCCCUGGCAGGGAUGUGGGAGCGCCAGGAAUUCUCCCUGCAAACCAUUUUGCUCUGGGCCCUGUUGUGGAAACCCUUCUGGGUGCACGAUGUCUGCCUGACACCAGCAGGACUGUGCUCAUGACUAAAGGUGACUCACCUGCUAACCAAGUGUCUGUAAGCCCUGAUUUUUGCUAUACUGGCCUGGAGAGUAGUUGGGAAGUGUUCCCUGCCUGCGUCGUGGCACGUGGGGUGUUUCUUCACUGGCUGUUCCCGUGUGGAAGCACACACGGCGCUGGAACUCAGUUGGCAAAGGGUGAUAGUGGCAUCACAAGCACAUGAAAAAGCACAAAUUGCACUUAAAAUGCAUUUUGGAAAUGGAUUUAAAAGUAAGAAUCUUUAGUCUUAGCUUGAAUAGUUUCUAAUAUAUAGGUGUAUGAGUGCGUCAUAGACCUUUUCACUUUAAGAUCUUUCACUUUUUUCUAUUUUCCUGAGCCUUGUGCUUGGUUGCAGGCAGCAGCACUGAUGCCCUGGUCCCAUGGCUGGAGGCUGGAUUUCUGCAGGACUUCUGUACACGGGGGGCUCUGAUAACUGAAGUGCAUCUUUGAUCUAUGCAGAGUUUUAAUGCCAAAACUGCGUGUGUGCGUGCGUGUGUGUGUGCCUCAGUGUAGAUUUGUUUUCUUCAUAAGGUAAUUUGAUUUUAUUCUAGUUCAGAAAACAUUUGUAUAGCUGUUAGUCUGAGUACACAGCCCCAUUUGUCUCUGUAAUUGUUAUUUUGGUCUGAGUCAUGCUGGUAGUGCAGAGUAAAGCUGCGUUUUGUCGUAUGUAUUAAUUGAAGGGAGAGAUAGAGAUUGUAUGGUGGGAUUCACGUAUUGUUUUUUCCUCUCAGACCCACAGGACAGGUGUAGAGAAGAUGACUAGGUGGCUUUUGGUCAGCUGGGGCUCUUGUCACUGUCUGGUUCCUGGGAGUAAAAGCUGUGAAGUUAGAUUUUUGCAAAUAACCUAUGAACAUAAUCCUUAGUUAAAAUCCACAAACAAACAAAACCCAACCAGGGGGGACAAAGCCAGCAAAUGUUGGUUUUGUCUUCAUUGACUUUUGUCACUUGAGGAGUGAGCCUUUUAGCCAGAGAAUAUGUGUGCCUACACAGAUACUGUGCUGUUGCCUAAACAAGGAUUGUUUAGCCGAGAAGCCUUCAGGUGAGAACAGCUGGAACUCAGUUGUCAUGGCAGAGCACACCUGGACUGGGCCCUGGGCUUGGGCUGAUUGAAGACCAACUUUCCCCAUGUGCAGAUCUCAGCAAAGUGAGCCUUGAAGUUGCCUUCAAAGUCACCUCUUGGGAACAUGCUUUCUUUAAAAACAGCCAUUUGCCGUCUUCUGCCCUCUCUGCAUGCCAGUGGAUUUAUGCACUUCCCAUUAACAUUGUCCAGUAUGCUGUCUCUUAAUUCUUCUUGGCUAAGAAAAUUUUUCUGCAUAGAAAAUGUAGCUUUUUCCAGUUAUUUAGAAAAUACUUGUUUAAAAAUAACUUGGUAUUUGCUCACCUAAUAGUUGCAUCUCCCCUUGCAUCUUUGUCUUCUCAUCCUAGAAUCAGAGAACAGGCUGAAUUGGUAGGGACCCAUCAGGGUCAUUGAGUCCAGCUCCCUGUCCUGCAUAGGACCAUUCCCAAGAGUCACACCCUGUGCCUGAGAGCCUUGUCAAAAUGCUUCUUGAACUCUGUCAGGCUUGGUACUGUGAGCACUUCCCUGGGGAGCCUGCUCCAGUGCCCAGCCACCCUCUGGGGGAAGAAUCUUUUCCUAAUACCCGGGAUAAACCACCUGCCCUCAGUCUCCCCUCAGUCUCUUCCAGGCUGAUCAAAGUAACCUCAGCCACUCCUCAUAGGGCUUCCCCUCGGGACCCUUCAUCAUCCUCACUGCCCUCCUUUGGACACUCUAGUGGCUUAAUGUCAUGCUCUGCUUUCCCAAAUGUAAUGUGCUGACAGUACCUCUCAGCUCUGGGAGUGUAGUGACUAGUUUGCUUGCUAUAGGUGAGCUUGCAAUCUUCUGUUUUAGGGCCUCUUUUAGCACUAAGGAGGCUAUUUUCAUUAGUCUGCCAAUGGGAAGGCAGUCAACAGCAUAACCUUGAAACACUGUUUUUUGUUUUUUUCCUUCUGUUGGCAUGGUAGAGAAUCUGCUCUUGAUAACAGAACAGAAUGGUAAAAGAAAUACCAGAAUUAGAUGGCACUAUCAGUCUUUGCAGGCUUAGAAAUUGGUGAAAUCUGAAGAUAAAUAGUUCUAUGAAGCAUUUAUGGAAGACAAACUUUGAAAUUUCCAGAAUUGAUAGACUCUAUUCCAGAGCCACUCAGUGAAACUUUGUAUAAAUUGUAAAAGAUUUCUGCAAACCUUGCAGCAUUAAUUGUGUAGAUUUUGCCUCCAUACUGGUGCUCUGGUUUUUGUCUCAUGCACAAACCCCACGUAAUAUAUGUGUGGUGUUUUCUAUGUGAUGGAUCAUAUUUGUUUAAAUUCUGGUUGCAUCUUCUGACUUUGCCCAGUAACUCGUGUUCCCAAAAUUCAGUAUAGUGAUUCCUUUAGAAAUUUUCAGGUUAAAAAAUUAUUUUUUCUUCUGAAUGCACCUUUAUGAAAUAAAGUUUUGUGACCUCUGUCCUACUGUAAAGACUAAUUUUUCCCUUAAUGUGUCUUGGCGUGGCUCUCUUAUUGAUGCUAAGUAUGCCCCAUCUUUGGUGUUUUUGUAUGAUCUUUCAGGGCUAGAAAAGACAGGGGGUUUAGCAAAAGAAAAGAACAGUUUCUCUCCCAGUUUACCAGAGGAGCACUUGGCACUUAGCUCUAAUUCUGUCCCUCUGUCUGGCACAGUUGUGGUUGGGCUCCUCUCGGUGCUGGACAAGUAGACUGAGUGUGAUGCUGCUUAAAAAUGAGAGUGAAGGAUAGGAAGAGGGGCAUCCAGCCAGCAGUGCUGUGUUGAGAUCCCUUUCCUGGUGUGUGUGGCACAUGCAGAAUUCACAGGACUUUGCAUAAUAGGAUGUUUUCAUCAGGGAGGAUUUAAUUAUGUUACUCCUGGUCUUCUCACUGAUGAACUCUGCACUUGGGCCAGUCUCUGGCUGAUGGGACUUUAUUACAGCAUGAUUUUCCCUUGGAAGUAUGAAAACUCAAGCAUACACCCCAGGUACAAGUUCCUGAUGGCUAGUGAGGUAGAUGUUUGCAUUCCUGCACUCAUGGAAUCUGCAGGAACCGUGGGUUAAGCUGUGCUUCAUUUGGCUUUCUAUAACUGCUUGCCCACUUCUUCCACCAGUUUGGCCCAGCUGGAAGCUGCUUCUGUUAUACCAAAUCUCUGAAAGUUCUUGUUGCAGAUACAUUUUUUAAAAAAGUGUCAUUGAGAGUUCUUUUUUUCUUCUGUGAAUGGGAUGCAGGGAUGGGUAAGGAGCAGAAUUGCGUUGUUUAUUAAGGAAUGCACUUUGCAAUAGAGAAGAAAUCCUUGUCCUGCUGAGCCCCAUGUGGAGGCUGUCUGGAACAGUGCUGUCUGAGACAGUAGUUUCUAACCCUGCCAGGUGGUGAGAUAUUGGACCUUAAAACUGACACUCUAAUCUAUAAGGAAUGUUUGAAUGCUUUGGAGAAGAUUGAUUGCUAACCUUUCUAUGACUCUAUCCCUGAAAGCUCAUGGUAGCUAAGGUAACCUGAUUUUGUAGGCGAAGAAAGCAAAAUACUGAGUCGGUGAAAAAUAGAUGUGCUUCAAUAUUUUUCAUUGCCCUUUUUUUUUUCCUAAGGAUAAACAAUAGGCCUGGUGGCACAUUUGGAAGUGUUUAGGAUUAUUCACAGGUUCUCUCUGGUCAUUACUGUUGAGUCAUGUCCAUGCACAUACAGACCUGCAUGCAAGCUUGUCCCCUUGAUUAUCUGUAUACAGUUGCUAUUCCAUGAUCACCUUCCAGAAGUGCUAAAUGGCUCUGUGCUGUGCUCUCAGGAAAAAUGCAGAUGAUUUGUCAAACAGCAGGAAGCAUGAGGAAUGUUUGCUUUUCAGUCCUGUAAAUGUCAUGACCUAUGUUUUUAUCAGAAGGGGGCUUUCUUGCUGCACCAGUUCUUGCCUGUCAUCUGGUGUGCUGGUGCAUCUUCCAUCCAACAGCUCUCUCUUCUUUUGGAUGAGCUUUGAAAAAUCUUCAUGCUUUGGGAUAACCCCAAUGCAGACCUCAUGUACAGGAAGGAAAUAAUACUUAGUGUACCCUAAAUCUCAUAAGCAUGUUUUUUUCAGACCAGCUGAUGAUGAGAACCGAGUGAUCCUUCUGUGCAGUGGGUUCAGAUGAAGUCUGGCUUUUGGUUACAUCCUUCCUUUUUAGAUAAAGGCUGUUGGACAUAAUUUAAUUACACAUAUCUGGUCUUUCCCUGCUCUGUGUUGUCUGCUUGCCAACCAGUACAGUUACAACUUUUCUCCUACACUAGCCCCAAAUGUGUCAAUCAUUUCAAUCCCUGGAAAGAGGCAGUCUUACUGAGUUGUGUUGGUCCUGUUGAGGCCUUUUAGAACACGGAAAAGUCUCUUGUGAGCAUGUGUUGAACUUAGAGGUUUCUCCCCAAAACCUGUUCUGUAUGUUUUGUUAGGAAAUUCAGAUUUAAGAUUUUGAGAGUAUGCUGACUGAAAAUGUUGGUAGAAUUUUUUAUCAUUAAUAUAUUGUUUGCCAGCCUGUCCUCAGUAAUCAGGGUUGUAAAUUACCUUUUGAGCCACCUCUGAUUGCAUUGUUGGGCUGGCAAAAGCCCCAUUGGGCACACUUGCACCAGCAAAAAAAAAAAAAUAAAAAAAAAGUAGUUUUCUUGGUACAGCUCUGGGGAGUAAACAGAAGCUGCACCACUAAGUUCAUCCUCCAAAACCAACAUGAAACCUGCAUUGCCUCUUCCCAGCAAGCUGAAGUGUGGGUGUUUUGAUGAAGUGCUUUGCUGCACUAUUUAGUACCACAGACAUGCAGUGCAGCGGCCUACUGAUGUUUCCUUGAAAUUGUCAUUGGCAUUAAAAGUAUUUCAGGGGUGCUAAUGCUAAUUUUGUAACCACCCAGUACAAUUAUCCUGCUUUUGAAAGGGAAAUCAAGGACCAUUGUGUGUCACAAACUCUCCUGGCUCGUACUGCUGCCUUGCUGGUGUCUCUCCUGUUUUUAGGCUGAACACAAGCAGGUAUUGCUAGCAUUGCUUCCUAGCUAUAAAAGAGCUUACCUUCUUAUGUUGAUUAAUGAUAAAAAAACAAAGCUGUAACACUGAUAUACUUCCCCUUCCCUCUGACAGACGUGUGAUUUGCUGCCAGAGAUGAUGCUGUUUUCUUUGCUACAUUGCUGCUGCUGCUGCUGCUGCUGUUUUAAGUGGUUUGGUGCGUGAGCUUUCUGAAACAACAUGGUGUGUGUAGGAUCUCGUGGGUGACAAAGCUGUCUCUUCUUCCUUGCUCUCCUUGGUUUGUGCUUGUCUGUCUGCUGUGGUAGGUUUACUAAUAAAUUAAAGUUGUCCUUCCUAGAUAUAAUUUUGAGGAGGUUUGCAUGUCUGUAGUUCAUAAGCAACUAAGGUGCCUCAUGUUCAGGUCUGAGCAGAUAGGAAUCCCCUUGCACUCCAGGGCCUGAUCCAAAGCCUGCUGAAGUUGGUAGGAAGACUCUUGCCAACUUCAGGGGGCUUUGCAUCAGGCCUUGCACUCCCUUUGUUGUGCCUCACUUAAAAUGGUGCUUUUUCAGUUGUCUGUCCUUUUUUCUGGUUUGGUUUGUUGUUUUAUUUUCUUUGUAUGGUGCUGUGUAUAACUUGAAUAUAUUAUGCACAUAUCCUACCCAAUGGGUAGAACAAACAAACAUACAAAAUCAAAUAGAUGUUGUUAAUACUGUAAGAUAGUGUACAGAUGAUACCAGUUUUAACACAAAAAAAUGGCAUAGGCUUUGUGAAUGCCAAUCUGUGCUUGGUCCUUUUUUGUAAGAAAGUUUGCAAAUUAAUGCAUACAAAUGACAAAAAAAGUCUAUGUAUUUUAUUUUCCUAUUAAAUAACAAUAUAAUAUCAUAAGGGAAAAAGGUUAAACAAAUUCUUUUUGACAAGCCUGUGUAUAGCAAUUAGUUGUUUGAUGCAUCUUUGCUGUGAAGAUUUUUUUCUUUCUAAUGUGUCACUUUAAAAAAAAAAGGAAAAAACCACAAAACAAACGAAACCUCCACAGCUUUAACCUUGCAACUAGAUGCUUCUCAUUUUGGUUGUUGCUUUGCUAUUGCUGAGUUGGACCAGUAUUAGUUACUACUUCUCCAGCAGACACAUCAUUUAUUACUAUCCUUGAUUACCUUUUUUUUUUUUUUUUUUAACUUGGAAAUAGGCUGAAAUAUUUUGAACCUUUUUAAUCACAUCCUAGAUUUGAAGUGAAGCUCAGACAGAUGGGAGCUGACCCAAACUAUCCCUGCAAAGUCAAAACUAGGCCAAUGAGAGUUCUGUGACAACAGCCAACCCUUGCUGUGUGCCCACGACUGGUGCACCAUGGGCACUGCAGACUGCCCUUGGCCUUGGGGUGUGGAGGGACUCACUGGUGGGCUGUGCUCUUGCAGGGUGGCUCAUUGAUGGGCUGUGCUCUUGCAGGGUGGCUCAUUGAUGGGCUGUGCUCUUGCAGGGUGGCUCAUUGAUGGGCUGUGCUCUUGCAGGGUGGCUCAUUGUUGGGCUGUGCUCUUGCAGGGUGGCUCACUGGUGGCCUGUGCUCUUGCAGGGUGGCUCACUGGUGGCCUGUGCUCUUGCAGGGUGGCUCAUUGGGGACCUGUGCUCUUGCAGGGUGGACAAGCAUGGCUGCAGUCGGUAGCGAGGUGAAUGCAGGGUUUGAGUGGAGCUUUGAGUUGGCAGCUCUGCUGCUGUGUUGGCUUCUGACAGCAAUGGCUUAACCCAGGUUUAUAUUUAAGAUUACAGAGAAAUGCUUAGACCUGCUCAAACCCAACCUGGGAAGUGGUGUGGGACAUAAUUUGACACUUCAGCUUCCUGCCAGGCUCCCUUGGCAGUUCGGUUCUCCCCCGGCGUCUCCCUGUGUUUGGCGCUCCAUUCCCGUGCUCCUGCACGCUCCUCGGUAAAGCAAAUACCUCAGGAAAACUCAACAUGAAGUUCUAGUGUAGGGACUCGCAGAUGCUGUACUUAUUUUUCUAAACUGUUUGUUCUAACUCUCCCAGGACAGUCGGUGAUGUAAAAGUUUAUCGGUCCGCGACAGACUCGUCCUUUCACAGAUGGAAACCAACUAAUCUUUCAUAGAUGCUCCUGUCUGUAUGUAGCUUUUUUAUACUUGCCAGGCUUUAACCACAGAUGUAAGGUAGCAGGGUGUUGGGAGAUGUUUGAGAUGGAGUUUUGGUUUGGUUUUUCAGAUGAUUAGCAAAGCGCUGUGCUAAAACUCAGGGGGUCUUGCCCGGGGCCGGUGAAGUCAGUGGUGGGGCUUCCUCUGGUUGGAGUGGGCUUUCAACCCAGUCCAUCAUGCUGGGGGAUGGUGCCUCGGGGCACAGUCCUUCACUGCUUCUCUGUCAACCUGAACCAUCCACACCUUUGUCUGUAAAUAUCUUUUUAAAAGCCCUCACAGGAGUCCUGUAUCUGAAUGUUGAUCAUGGUUGUUUUGUUGGGUUUUUUUUUUGUUUGUUUGUUUUGAAGAAGUGUGUUAAAUUUUUUAUGGCCAGUUCUGCAUCAUCAUGCCCUUACAGGUAGCUUGUAUCAUCACAUCCUUCUGUACAUUGAGCUGUUCUGUCAGUAGGCAUGUACCAUAGGUAAAUACACAUAUUUUUGUGAUUGUCACUUGUUAAUUCAUUUAUUGUUUGUCAGGGCGUGGAGUAAUUGUUGUGGAAGUGUGCCUUGCCUGGCCACCUUCACGUUUCUGUUUGCACUGCAGUGCCACUUCUGUGCAUGAAGGAAGAAAAGCAAGCAAAAAACCCCAGGCCUUCACUAGGAAGGCUAUGAGACUAAACCUCCUGCUGGAGGAUUCUAGAGUAGGAUUUAUCAUAACAAAACAUGCAUAUUGAGUGGACCAAACACGAAUAUGUCUCCUUUUAGAGGCACUAAUUUGCUUUGAAGCUGCAGUGGGAAGAGCAGACUAUCUAUUAAGUGUGUUCACAGCUGUGUUCAUGCUUUUUCCAUUUGCCACAAAGCACAGCAGGCAGCCAAGAUUUUAAAAGGACUAUGAGCAGAAGUUACAAGAGCCUCAGGCAUCAUAGACCUGGACAGCAAAAAUAAUAAUAACAGUAAUUUUUAAAAAAUCACUUAGUAUUCUUGAACAAAGCUUUUCUACUCACAAUAUAAAGACUACAUAAGUGUUGAUAGGGGUUUUAUCUUUGUAUAACUCUCAACUGCCCAAUGCUGCUGUGCUCAGAGCAUUUCAUGAUGGUAUGUACACCAGUCAGGCUGUUACACUCAAAAUUAACCAUCUAAUGCCUGUUUUUAGAGUGUUAACCUUUCUUUGUUGUUUCUUGCUAGUUAAUUUACAGUGUAAAAUGCUUUAUUGCUGUAUGGAUUUUAAUUUUUUUUUUUUUGUAUUUCCAGCAUAGUGACUUUCAAGAUCACAUUUUCAACACAUCUCUUAUUUUUGUCCAUUUUCUUUCAAGCUAUUCUGAAAUAUGUACAGCACUAUCAACAGUAUUUAAUCUUUCUUUUAAAAUUUAUUGUUGUAAAACAAUGCUAUUAAAAACAGUAAGUCUUUUUACAACUGUAUUGGAAUUUCUCAAUAGCUGUUCAUGUGAUGCUAUGACAAACCUGGCUUGCUUUAUUUUUAUUUUUUUUAAAUUUUAUUUUCUGUUUAACACAAUUAAUUUGUUGCUUAUUUUCCACCGUAACUCCCAGUUAUAUACAGAAAAAGAUUUCAACUGUUGUGUAUCUGACUCUUUUAAUUGAGCAAAUGGUGAUGUCCUAGUUUUUAGACCUAAGGUCUGUUUAUUGCAAUACUUUUAAAGGAAGAUGUUGCUCUAAGUGCUGUUGUUAGUUUUAAAUACAGAUUUUAUGCUUGUUCUUAAUAUGCUGUGGUUAAACCAUGGCACAAAAUUAUUAAAAGUUAUUAAAUGCA